UUAACUUCUUCUCCCACUGCCUCUGAGCAGCUUGCCUGUAAAACACCUGCUCUCUCCUUUGUUUCUCCAACUAACCAGAAAACACCACCUGACCCACCUUACCUCGACGGAGCCUCUGUGCAGGAGGAGUUCCACACGAGGAGGCUGGAUGUCAGUGGGGCCCUGGUGGAAGAAACAGCUACGUAUUUUCACACCACUGCUUAUUCUUCACCCUUCUCUGCAUCGAAGGGCACCUCCUCGACGUUACCGUUUCCCCAUUCCACUCAACCAUCAGGUUCUGGUCUAUCCAGUCCAAGUGCAGCACAUCAGAAACCUGGACUGACAUCUGAAGCUCCGAAGAAGACGACAACUUUAACCUCGCAUGUCCUUAGUCCCAGAGAAAGUCCGAGAACCUCUUCUCCUUCACCAUCCUCGAGUGCUUCUCUGACGUCGCGUUCAGCCUCAUACAUCCCAGUCCGUAUUGUCACGCAUUCACUCUCUCCAAGUCCAAAACCACUGACCUCCUCUUUCCAUGGCUCUUCUUCCACUGUCUGCAGCCAAAUGUCAUCUAGUGGGAAUCUUUCAAAGUCAGGGGUAAGAUCCCCAGUGCCCUCUAGGCUUUCUCUUCUCACGGCUAUUCUCAAGUCAAACCCUUCUCAUCAAAGACCUUUUUCUCCUGCAUCCUGUCCCACCCUCUCUCUCAACUCCCCGGCCUCUUCCACGCUCACCCUAGAUCAAAAAGUAAAGCAAACCCCACCCAUGCCUAAAAAAUCUCUCUCAAGUUGCUCCCUGACAGCUGGAUCUCCAGAUCAGGGAGAGCACCAAGUCUCUGAGCUGACCCAGCGAUCCUUUCACCUACCCAUUUUCACCAAGUCGGCUCCCCUUUCUCAGGUGCCCUCCCUCUCUUCUACAAAACAUGUUAGUAGCAGCCUUGUUUCUUCGAGUGCAGAGAAAACAGCAUCACCCACUUCUUUGAAGAGCAAUAGUACAACACUCUCCUUGCUACAAACCAGCACAUCGAGUUCUGCAGGUCUUCCUCCUGUUCCACCAAGCUUUGCUCUCUCUUCUUCAAAGGCCAAACAGGAUGGUGACCUCAGGGGUCCAGAAAAGCCCAGGAAUAUUUACACACACCUUUCUACCUUAGCCUCCCCUGUACUAUCUUCUGUAUCUCCUUCUAUUAAUCAAAGAGCCACGCUGUCCUCUCCAGAGAAAUGUUUCCAUCCUUCCCCAGCUCUUUCAAACCUGAUAAACAGAUCCAAAGGAGCAUCAUCUCAACUAUCUGGCCAGGGACUGAAGCCUCCAGCUGUUCCUUCACCCCCUAUCUCCAGUGCUAGCUCUGCCUCUCUUCCCAGCUUGAGGUCCUCUUCUCUCCCUCGUGCUAAUCUGCACACCCAGGAGCUCCUGCUCAGUCCCUCAGCACUGCACCCAAGCUGUGGCAGUGGUACUUUGCCUCCAAGACUUGGGAAAUCUGAAAGCACAAUAACCAGCCACAGGUCACCUGUUUCGACCCCAUCACUUCCCAUCUCUCUAACAAGAACCAAGGAGCCGAUUUCACCUUGUGCAUUUUCCAUGUCAACAGGCCCUGAAAAUAACAAACCCAAGCAAUACAAGAUCAAGUCAAGCUACAAGGCUUUUGCAGCAAUCCCUACAAACACAUUGCUUUUGGAACAGAAGGCACUAGAUGAACCAGCCAAGACUGAAAGUGUCUCCAAGGACAACACAUUAGACCUACCUGUGGAGUUGUGUUUUCCUGCACAGCUCAGGCAGCAAACUGAAGAGGUCUGUGCUACCAUUGAUAAGGUCUUACAGGAUUCCUUGUCUAUGCAUUCUUCUGAUUCUCCUUCAAGGUCCCCACAGACAUUGUUGAGUUCUGACACAAUCAAAACGCCUACAACUCUUCCAAGAGCAGCUGGUCGAGAAACCAAAUACUGUCUUAGACACACAGAUGCACAGCCUCACUCCGUCCCGACCCUUCAAUCACCUGAUGAUUGCCUUUUCCAUCACGUGGCCGACUUCUGCUUCUGACUGAACAUAUUCUGAAAGAAACAAGACUGUCUCCUAAGCAAGUGUUUA